UGUUCAUGUAACAAAAAACCAGGGAAAAAUUUGGUUGUCUGUAUUGGUAGGCGGUUUAAGCUGUUUCAGGAUAUCCACACCCAGACCACUCAUGUCUUCGAACUAUACGACAAUAUCGUCAAGGAUGAUGAUGAAAAACAGAUAGCAUACUACGCCAGUGGUGUGGGAACGUAUGUCAGGCCCGAAGGUUUUGUGCUUGUGGAGCAGGUUUUGAAGAAUUUGGACCUGGCCAUUGCUCAUAGUAUCAGGCGAAACAUAUUAAACGCCUAUGAAUGGCUCUCAGGCAGAUACCAUGAUGGUGAUAAGAUCUUUCUAUUUGGAUUUUCGAGGGGUGCAUAUCAAGUCCGUGCUUUGGCAGGAAUGAUCCAUGAAGUGGGCCUUAUCAGACCUGGAAACGAAGGGCAGAUACCAAAUGCCUUCCAGUAUUACUGCGCCAUCAAUAGCGGGAAGUCCAAGGAUAUUAAUGGUGCGAAGGAGUUCAAAAUGCAAUUCUCCAGAAGCGUAGUCAUACAUUUCAUCGGUGUAUGGGACACCGUUUCAUCUGUUGGUGUCAGGAAGACGAAGAAUUUUCCAUCCACUGAUACAUGCGAUCACGUAUGCUACUUCCGCCAGGCGCUUGCGCUAGAUGAGCGCCGAGUGAAAUUUCUACCUGAGUAUGUUUACGGGGGCAUGAGCAAUCGAUCAGACUGGCAUAAAUACCAAGUGUCGACGCCACCUCCCACAGACGAAGGUCGUAUUAAGGAGGUUUGGUUUGCAGGUAGUCAUUCGGAUGUCUACCCCCAUGACUUUCGGAAUAUCCCUCUACUGUGGAUGCGUGAAGAAGCUCGCGAGGCGGGGCUUCUACUCAAUCCCCGCGAAGUAGCUUUCAGAUAUGAAGAUGAAUCAUUUCUGGAACCCGGAGUUACCGACUCUUCAAACCUUGCGUGGUGGCUGCUUGAGAUGUUGCCUGUCGGACAUCUUUGCUUUCACUCCAACACGCUUAAAGCGCUACCGCACCUUGGACGAGGGCGUAUCAUCAUGCCCGGACAAAAGAUCCACGAGUCAGUUCUUUUUCGUCCCAACUACCGACCUAAAGCACAUUUUUGGAUGAAUGUCCAGCAAUGGCCUGAAGCUGUGCAGUGGUAUACAGCCUCUACCAAGGAGCGUUUAUCACAACUUGAUUUUGUCUUGGAAUCGCUUCCUUCGAAAAGAUCGACUUCUGAAACUCUCGUCUGUUAUGUUUUUGACAAACAGAUGCUUGAUAGCGUGGUGUUCAUGAAUUCAUUUGGUGAGACACCAGAAGACUAUGACCUGCUGACCUGA